AUGAAUAGGAGAACACCAUCAAGAGUGCAAGAAAAAGCCGCUGAAGGUGUUAUAAGAAGGCUUUUACCCAACCAUGCUCACAUGUUCGAAGUACACGUUGAUUCUAACAUUGGCGUCGAUGGUAGAUCAUCUUUCCACCUAUAUAAAUCAAGCGAAUAUAAUUCAACGGUGAAAAUAACCGGCAAUACUGGAGUAGCAGCUACUCAAGGAUUUUAUCACUACUUGACAGAGUUUUGUAACUGCCAAGUAGCAUGGGAAGGAACACAACUUUCCUUACCGGACAUUCUACCAAAGGCUAAUGUUACAGUAACAUCUAGAGAACCAUUGCGUUAUUUCCAAAAUGUUUGCACAUUUUCAUAUUCGUACGCUUGGUGGACGUGGCGCCAAUGGCGAAAGCACAUUGAUUGGUUAGCCUUGAAAGGGGUUAAUUUGGUUUUGGCCCCAAUGCAAGAAUUAGUUUGGUUGAAAACCUACCAGAGACUUGGAUUGAGUGAAGAAGAAUCCAUUGAGGUUUUUGCUGGGCCACCAUUCUUGGCAUGGCAACGAAUGGGUAAUAUUGGACCGUGGGGUGGUCCACCAUCUAUGGUUUGGUUGGAGAAACAACAUAAUUUGCAACGUUUGAUAUUAAGAAAAUUGCAGAAUUUAGGAAUAAUAGUAGCUCUACCUACUUUCGCUGGACAUAUUCCGAUAGCUAUUAAAAGGCAACGAAUGGGUAAUAUUGGACCGUGGGGUGGUCCACCAUCUAUGGUUUGGUUGGAGAAACAACAUAAUUUGCAACGUUUGAUAUUAAGAAAAUUGCAGAAUUUAGGAAUAAUAGUAGCUCUACCUACUUUCGCUGGACAUAUUCCGAUAGCUAUUAAAAGACUAUACCCUGAUACCAAUACUACAGAAUUGCCUAAAUGGAAUGAUUUUACAAAGAAAUACAGCGCAGGUUAUUUUUUGGAUCCGUCGGACACAUUAUUUGACACAAUAUCAUCAUACUUUCAUGAAGAACUUACACAUGCUUAUCAAAAUGUUGGUAUAAGUAAUGUUUACUUCGCUGAUCCAUUUAAUGAAAUCGUUCCUCCUGGUGGACAGGAUUACGUUCGGCAUAUAGCUGAGAGUUUAUAUAAUUGUAUGCUCAGAAGAGAUCCGAAGUCAAUUUGGUUGCUACAGGCAUGGAUGUUUGUUCAUGAUCCUUAUUGGACACAAGAUCGCAUUAAAAGUUUUCUGAAGGCCAUUCCGGUGGGUGGUUUGAUUCUAUUGGAUCUUCAAGCUGAACAAAAUUCUCAGUUCGACAAAACAAAUUAUUUCUAUGGACAUGGAUUCAUUUGGUGUGCUUUGCAUAAUUUUGGAGGAACUUUAGGAAUGUUUGGGCAGGCUUAUAAUGUUAACAAGGGAAUAAGCGAUGCAAGAAAAUCUGUCAACAAUGGUGCCAAUCUGGUCGGUAUUGGUGCAGCACCAGAGGGAAUAAACCAGAAUUCCAUUCUGUACGAAUUAUUAUAUUCAGUGGCAUGGAGAGACUCUGAUCAGCCAAUCGAUUUGGAAGCAUGGGUACAAAAAUAUGCUCUUAUCCGAUAUGGAGUGAAAGAUACGAACGUCGAAAACGCAUGGAUUUUACUUUUGAACAGUGUUUAUAAUUAUAAUGGCACGGAACGAAUGCGUGGCAAGUAUACCUAUAACAGAAGGCCUUCUCUAAGGAUCAGAAAUCGGUAUUGGUAUAAUACAUCAAAUGUUAUCGAAGCCUGGCGUUAUAUGUUGAAUGCUUCAGAACAAUUUAGUCACAGUCAUUUGUUUAAAUAUGAUCUUGUGGACAUCACCCGGCAGGUGUUGCAACAGAUUGCUGAUCAAUUGUAUAUGAAGACAUUGUCCGCUUAUAAUAAGAGCAAUUUGGAAGAACUAUAUGAAAUCAAACGCUCAUUCAUGAAUUUAUUGAAUGACAUUGAAGAAAUUUUGGCUUGCAAUGAGCAUUUCCUGCUAUCAACAUGGUUAGAAGAUGCCAAGUCAAGUGCUACAAACGAUCAGGAAAGGGUCCGUUUUGAAUACAACGCACGAAAUCAAAUAACCUUAUGGGGUCCAAAUGGUGAAAUUGUUGACUAUGCGAAUAAACAGUGGUCAGGUAUAGUGUCAGACUAUUUUAAACCCAGAUGGACAAUAUUUUAUGACGACCUCAUUAAGGCUGUAAAGAGUAACGUUACUGUCAAUGAAAAUGCAAUGCAAAUGCGGAUUUUUAAAGAAGCUGAAGAACCAUUUACGUUUUCUCGCAAGGUGUAUCCAAGACGUUCUACAGGUCGCGCGAUCGAAGUAUCAAGGCGCAUUUUUAACGACUGGAUGGUUAUAAAAUCUGUGUUUCAGAUUUGAAUAAAUAAAGUAUUAAAUGUUAUUUUAUAUUAAACAUG